GAGCCGCCGCUUCCAAUGCUUUUGGGCAAUCUGCGCAAUGUCGAGAAGCCUCAGAAGGAGUCCAUUUGGUGCCAGGAAGUCAACCAGCGCGCCCACUUCUUCUUGCCAGGCGUGCGGACGGGCUCGGAGACGUUGGGCAUCAGAGGAUACGAGCCAAAGCCUGUUGAAGCAGCGGAGCUCCUGAGCGAGAAAGGAUUCCGAAAAGUCGCUCACGUCCAGUGGCUGAUGAAGCGAUGCUACACGUUUGAAGGGCAGGCCAAGAAGAAUUUGAAGCACUUCUACACGCUGCGCUGGCGCCCUCACUGGUAUCGUAAUUACGUCAUCUUAGAGGACCACCCGCUUCUGGUCCAGCAGGCUGUGAGAAUUUGGGCUCAGCCACUUCCAGCCACGGCUAUACCCGUUCGUGACCAUGGACUGCGGAAUCCUGGAGCCGACACAGGAGUUCCCCUGCCGUUGUCGACGAAUUAUCCAGAGCACAGCCGUGCAAGCAGGCCAUGGAAGGGGACUAAGCGAUUUGCAAAGCUGCAUGCGCUGUGA